AGCUUACGCUUUGCUACCAAGUCGAUAACGCGCGCAGCUUGCGAUAUUUGAGGCGCUGCUAUACCGCAUUCUGCGCACCCUGCGCCUCCAUUGCUCGAGCGUUGUCAUCGAGACACAAAACACCGGCUGCAUCUAAAACAACAACCACCCCUCCGUGCCUCGGGCACCCUUAGCUCCGGCAUCCUUCACGCCGACCCUCAUAUUCGCAUCAUGAACAAUUUCUCCUUCUUGGACUCCGGCCCGCAACCCCCACUCCCCCGCGCCGCACCCUCGCCUUCGCCCUCGCCCACGUCCACACAAGCAAACGGCAUGCCUGGUCCGGGGCCCCAGCAGAAUGGCAUCCCCAUGGUCAAUGGCCUGCCGAGUGGUGGCCAGCAAACGGACAUGAACCACCUGUGGAGCGUGGUGCAGCAGCUGAGCCAGAUGCUCGAGGAGAACAGGGCGCAGACGGCGGGCAUUGUGAACGGUGUGCAGGCCAUACAAGCGAGAGCGUCAGAAGAAGGUGGCGUGGGUGGUCUGGCAAUUCGCGAAGUGAAUGGAGAAAUCAAUGCCGCAACCCGCGCCGCAGAAGUCACGCAACUCCAAAGCUCUCUCCACAACGCUCAGUCUCGGAUAAGCACCCUAACAUCCCAGAACUCAACACUCGCAACCCUGUUGACCGACUACGAGAACGCGCUCACGCUGCUGCUCGAUAAGCUUCGUCCCUACGCUUACACUCAAACGCAAGCCAUUCUUUCGCUGCACAAGCACUACCAGGGACUCCUUGAGCAGGAACGUGCUACGAGCAUGCAGUUGCGGCUAGAACACUCAGAAUGGCAAGCCGGAUUGGGCCGGGUCGCGGAAUAUGCGCGGGGUUCGCUGAAAGCCCAAGGGGAGAGCGAGAGGGGUCUUCGGAGCGAGAUCAAAGGGCUGAAGGAAGAGAAUCGGGUGCUCAGACGGUUGGCGGGAUGGGAGGAGAAACCAGACGACAGCAGUGAUGAGGAAGAGCUGGAGAGGUCUUGAACCAUCAUUCUGUGUAUACUACGUUAAAGAUGGGUGCUUUUCUGCACAUGGCAUAGCGACGGCGUUUGGUAGGAUAUCCCUGACUUGUCGCAUUACAUUGCGGGUCGUUCAUGAGGAACGAGAUAUUUCAUUCAAUACUGUUAAAACCAU